AUGAUUGGACAAUACCUUGUUACAAAGCAAACUGGAGAAAAAGGAAGAAUAUGCAAUUCUGUAAUGGUAACAGAAAGGAAAUUUCCAAGAAAGGAAUAUUACUUUGCCGUUAUGAUGGAAAGAUCUUUUGCUGGCCCAGUUAUUAUAGCUUCUAGUGAAGGUGGUGUAAACAUUGAAGACGUUGCUGCUGAAAAUCCAAAUGCAAUAAUUUAUGAACCUGUCGAUAUAAAAAAAGGUCUCACUGAAGAACAAGCAAAAAAAAUUACAAGUGCUGUUGGCUUGGAUGAGGAAAUGAGCACCACUGUUGACAUGCUUAUGAAAUUAUAUAAUUUGGCCAUGGAGAAAGACGCUUUGCUUGUUGAGGUCAAUCCUUACGCUGAAGAUGUCAAUGGAGGCUUUUUUUGUUUGGAUGCAAAAUUCAGAUUCGAUGACAAUGCUGAUUUUCGUCAAAAAGAAUUAUUCGACCUUAGAGAUUGGUCUCAAGAGAUCCGAAGAAGGGAUAUCGGAUGUCUUGUGAAUGGAGCUGGUUUGGCCAUGGCCACGAUGGACAUUAUUAAAUUGUACGGUGGAGAACCGGCAAACUUUUUAGACGUUGGAGGAGGUGCCACUGCUAGCGCCGUCAAAGAAGCUUUUAAAAUUAUUACAUCUGAUCCAAAGGUACAUGCUAUUUUGGUAAAUAUUUUCGGUGGAAUAAUGAGAUGUGAUGUUAUCGCAGAAGGUAUCAUAGCAGCAGCCAAAGAGUUGAAUUUGGUUUUACCAAUUAUUGUUAGGCUUCAGGUAUGUUUCUCCCACCCCACCACCACCCACCCCCCGCAUGAUUUUAAAUUCGACUGUAUAGUUUUUACUUUUAUUUUUUUUGCUUGUAGUAAAAAUUUUAGUGGUUGUUGUAGUUAA